GAUUAUUUUCUAAGAGCACAUCUCUCUGGCACUUUUCAUUGAUACCUCUGUCCUUUACCUCUUUGGGAUUUGACAAGCUCCAGACUCUGUGUGUGGUUGUGGAUUCCGACUGCUUUGCAAAUGGGUAUUUCUGCACAAGAACUGUUUCCAGCACUCACUAAGACCUCUCAGUAACUGGGGACCUGGCCUGCCUUGCCUACUGAGCGUGGGGGAAGAUUGGAUGCAGAUGAGUUGAUUAUAUUCCAUGAAGUAAUAGCUUACCACCUGCCAGGGUUUAAACUACUUUUGCAGCAUCACUUCACCUGUGGAGUCUUUGACAUUUUGCUUUCUUGGGGAAAAACUGGGUAAGAGAAGGCCGUUUUUUAACAAGUUAGCAUCCUCUUCCUCCCUUACAAGUUGGUGCAAAGGAUCAGGCUCUGACUCCAUUGAACUGCACCUUCACAUCAAAAUAGAAGAAGAAGAAAGGGACAAUGGCUCUGAGUGGAAACUGUAGUCGUUAUUAUCCUCGAGAACAAGGGGCUGCUGUUCCCAACUCCUUCCCUGAGGUCGUGGAGCUGAAUGUUGGGGGUCAAGUUUAUUUCACUCGCCAUUCCACAUUAAUAAGCAUCCCUCAUUCCCUCCUGUGGAAAAUGUUUUCCCCAAAGAGAGACACAGCUAACGAUCUAGCCAAGGACUCCAAGGGAAGGUUUUUCAUUGACAGAGAUGGAUUCUUGUUCCGUUAUAUUCUGGACUAUCUCAGGGACAGGCAGGUGGUCCUGCCUGAUCACUUUCCAGAAAGGGGAAGACUGAGAAGGGAAGCUGAGUACUUCCAGCUCCCAGACUUGGUCAAACUCCUGACCCCUGAUGAAAUCAAGCAAAGCCCAGAUGAAUUCUGCCAUAGUGACUUUGAAGAUGCCUCCCAAGGAAGUGACACGAGAAUAUGCCCCCCUUCCUCGCUACUCCCUGCUGACCGUAAGUGGGGUUUUAUUACUGUGGGUUACAGGGGGUCCUGCACCAUGGGCAGAGAGGGGCAGGCAGAUGCCAAGUUUCGGAGAGUUCCCCGGAUUUUGGUUUGUGGAAGGAUUUCCUUGGCAAAGGAGGUCUUUGGAGAAACUUUGAAUGAGAGCAGAGACCCUGACAGAGCCCCAGAAAGAUACACCUCCAGAUUUUAUCUCAAAUUCAGGCAUCUGGAAAGGGCUUUUGAUAUGUUGUCAGAAUGUGGAUUCCACAUGGUGGCCUGUAACUCCUCAGUGACAGCAUCUUUCGUCAACCAAUACACAGAUGACAAGAUCUGGUCAAGUUAUACUGAGUACGUCUUCUAUCGUGAGCCAUCUAGGUGGUCAUCCUCGCACUGUGAUUGCUGCUGCAAGAAUGGCAAGGGUGACAAAGAAGGAGAGAGUGGCACCUCUUGCAAUGACCUCUCCACCUCCAGCUGCGACAGCCAGUCUGAGGCCAGCUCUCCCCAGGAGACAGUCAUCUGUGGGCCCGUGACACGCCAGACCAACAUCCAGACUCUGGACCGUCCCAUCAAGAAGGGCCCCGUCCAACUGAUCCAGCAGUCAGAGAUGCGACGGAAAAGUGAUCUGCUCCGGACUCUGACUUCAGGCUCCAGGGAGUCGAAUAUGAGCAGCAAAAAAAAACCUGUUAAGGAAAAGCUCUCAAUUGAGGAAGAGCUGGAGAAAUGCAUCCAGGAUUUCCUAAAGAUCAAAAUUCCAGAGAGGUUCCCUGAGCGAAAACAUCCAUGGCAAUCUGAACUUUUACGGAAGUAUCAUCUAUAGUGGAGGGCGGGGGAGGUGGGAGAAGAAACAGAUCGUGUCACCAUUUUGAAGUAAACCUCCUAAAAGAAAUUCAUAUUUGAAAAGAAAAACAAUAACUAACUAUACACGUUUGUUAGAAUACAGUCGCCCACUGAUAUACUACUGCCUAUUUACCUAGUUCACCUUAACAUGUCAAUCCACAGGGUAGAUUUCUUUCCAGAUGUGGAAGUAUAAGAAAAUCUCUCUCACUUCUUAUUUUUCUUUAUUUGUUUGUUAACUUGGUCCCAUGUGCUGAGUAUCUUAUCUAUAAUGAGAGCCAGAUACAUAAGUAUAGCUGAGAGGCCUUGGGAAUCAUUUAUCCCAUACUGGGUUUUGCUCUCCUCUUCUACCUCCCUCCUUUGAAUGAGAAUAUGGUAGAGAUCUGACCCAUUGCCAUAGGUCUGGAUUUUUAAAUUUUCCUUAUCCCUUUUGUUUAUGGGGUAAGGGGGGAAUGGCAGAUUUAUAUGACUUUUCACUCAAAUCGAUUAUGUGCCAGUUUAUAUUGACUCCGUAUGCAUGAGUAUUUGUGCAACACAAGCCCAACAAAGUGUGUGUAUACACACAGUGCACAUGAGCCCAGGGCCUGGGCAUCCUAAGAGGUGUGCUUCUACUCCCAGCAGCACCCUCUUAGAGUCCUUCAGACACAGAAGCCUCUGCUCUUAUCUUAAAACCCUUCUGGGAAGAUUUCCCAACCUCUCUUGGCAACACUUCCUAACAUCAGAGAACCUUCAUCAUCAACAAAUUACCUUCCUUAUUUCAAAAUUAACACCCUCAGGCUCCAUUUUACUGCGUUGCUCUUUCUCUGCACUAGGAGAAGGUGAGAAGAGCUAGUCACAUAUUCUUUGUGCUUUUUAAAAAAACCCAAAACACCCCGAAUCCACACAAAUGACCGCAAAACAACCCCAUGUUCAGCCUUCUCUACGUUGAGCUGAAUUAGCUUCCUUCUCGCAGUGUUUUCAGAGUCCUUACCGGCCAUGUUUUCAUGGUGUGGCCUUUUCACAUAAUCCACAUUAAGUUCUCUGCAUUCCCGUGCAGCUGUGGAAGUAAGAAAAACACACAGCACUUGGAUGAGGGUCCAGCCUUUUGUUUUAAGAGGAAAUUGUAUUCCACACCCCUCCUAGUAAUGUCUCAUAACUUGUUCAAAUUGCAGUGCUUCACUGUUACUUCCUUAUAUCCAGUUUUGUUUACCUUUGGGAUCUGGGAUUUGGCUGUGUCCAUACUAGGAUUUGGCUGUCGUUUCUGUGAUAUCUGUGAACAACCCAACUAGAUAACUGAAGCUCUGAAAUUAAGACUUUGGCUUUCUAAACUGUCUUUCUUGAUUAUAUCCUUCACCUAUAUAGACACAGCCAAAAAGACACUGUUAACAGCCAUCCAUCCAUGUGACUCUGUAUUCUAUUAACGUACCAAUAGUUUUUUCAUAGACUUGUGGUAAGUGAAGAUUAAAGGGGAAGUUUUUACUUUCAGCAUUCCUCGUGCAUUUCAGUGGGAACUGAAAAUAUAAUUUGUCCAUCAUUAAUUGUGUGCCAAGCACUACUAAUUU